AUGCUCCGCAACGGCUAUGAAAAUGGUGCUCAUUCCGGUGAUAAGCACAAUGACGGCUACGACAACAAUGAUAAUAAGCCUACAUAUGCCUUGGAGCACUUGGUCACCUUUAAAUUGAAAAAUGAGUCUGAAGUCAAGAACCCAAAAGAGAAAAUGAAACUCUUAAUUGAGUUAGAUAAGACGGGUGGCAUCUGGCCGCAUAAGAUGUAUAUGUGCUUCAAUGGCCAAUGGCUGCUCAUGCUUAAUAAGGAUAUGAAAGAAAUUGAGAACUUUCCGGGUAGUCUAAUAACGGAGCCAACAGCCUUUAUCAGCGACGAUCCAUUGGAAACAUACAAUAAUAUAUUGAUUUUUUCUGUUGCGGGAAUCUCCUUGGGCAAUACUGAAAUGCACAUUUUCCAAGUUAGUGACGUAAAUGCAGUACAUUUGGUGGAAGACCUGCGUCAGCUGAGCAGCGGCUCGACAGUCACAGUGGACCGGAACAAAACGCCCAUACGCUUGCCCAAGCCCGAGCGUCCCGCCAAUCAACAGGCUAAGGAUCAAUACGGGAUAGCAGCGGCCGUGGCAGGAAUUGCCGCUGAGAAAAAUGCACAAGAUCGCGAGCAAACCGAUCGCGAUGUGCAGGUGCUCAAUCACUGUUUCGAGGAUGUGGAACGAUUUAUUGCAAGAUUACACUAUGCAGCCGAGGCAUUGCAUGAGUUAGAGUCUCGUAAAAAUCAGCAUAACCCUCAUGGAGAAGGCCUACUGGUAUUACGAUCGCGUCCGCCAAUCGAGAGCGAGUUCUGUGACAUAUUAGCCAAAAUUAAGUUGUCCCUCAACUAUGCGGUCAAAUUGCAGAACCAUUUCAGCAAAAGCGCUGAUCCAAUUCACAAUGUUUUCAUUUCUCUGCAAACUAUUGUGAACGUUUGCAACGAUGUUUACGCCGGUGCUCACUUGCCGGAGAGCGUCGUAAAUCCACUAUUGCGCCGAGAAACAAUUGGCUUUCUGAAUUGUACAUUGGACUCUAAUGAGAAAAGCCUGUGGCUUAGUCUGGGCCCAAAUUGGACAGUACCAAAGGAUCAGUUUAAAGAUCACGUUGGGGUAUAUCACCCCAUUUUCUAUGACGAUUGGUCGCCAGAUUGGGUAGUAGAUGAGGAGGUGCAGUACUUAGCACCUGCGAUCAAGAAUACACAAACAUUCCCAUCAGAACCCAUACCCCUAAGUCCAGCAAGCAACCGCACCUGGCUAAGUCGUCUUCAGAGCCGUAACGUUAAUAUCGCAGAGGUGGCUUAUAAUAAGAAGGCCACGAACGAUAAGGAAUUAAGUGUUACAAAGGGCGAAUAUCUAGAGAUUAUUGACGACUCCAGAAAUUGGUGGAAGGCGCGAAAUUCUUACGGAAGCAUUGGCUACGUACCGCAUACCGUGUUAGUUCCAUACAAUUUCGAGCACGUACCUAAUCGGAAUGCUCGCGAUAAUGAAUCGUUGGCCUCUGUAUCUAUGGAGAACGGAGAAGGAGAGAACAAUAAUCCGCUUUAUCGUAAUACGAUGGCGAUGUAUGUGCCAGCUGCUGAGCGUGAGUCUCAGCAACCGGUGGGUACUUCCAAAAACAUGCCUCGUUCCUACUCAAUGCCGAAUGUGCCCAUCCCACCACCGAUGCCUCCGGCUAGUGAGAGCCAAACUCCUACCCCAAGUGGGACUUUGAAACGAAACAUGGCCGCAGCUGGCGCACUUGCAGCAAUGCGCGCUCGAAAUGACUGCGAUGCCGAUGAUGAGACGUACCUUAUACAGGGUGAUGUUAACGAUGAACUGAGAAUCAUGCUUCAGCAGAGACAGCAUCGCAGGGACCUCGAAAUUCUUAAGACACCUGAAAUAUAUAUCAACCAGAACUCCAAGCCCAGGGAGGUGGAGGAAUGGCUGCGCGGAAAGGGCUUCUCUGACAACAUUAUCAAGCGACUGCAUACGCUCAGUGGCGAACAACUAUUUGCGCUUUCGCCCCACACCAUCGAGAGUUAUUUUGGCCAGCGGGAGAGCCGUCGACUCAUAUCACAAAUUGUGCUACAGAAAAACUUCUGCGAGUACAAAACAAUUCGUUCAUCCGAGUUGUCGGCUAAACUUGCUCGUGCUAGGCAAAAGGCUGAUCAAUCAAACGGUGAUCAGAAUGAGGUAUUUUAAGCGUCCUUACGUUACUCUAUGUUUACUUUGAAGGAAACUUAUACCCAGUUCCAUGGAAGAUUGAGUUUAACAAUUCGAUCGAAAUAAGCGUUACGAAUACAUGGUGUUAAAAUAUUAAGUCAAUAUUAUUCAAAAGAACCCUUUAAGUUUUGCCAAUUAUUUAUUAAUAAUGUUCCGUUCAUUUAUUAUAAAAA